AAUUGGUUCUUGGGUAAAAACAUAUGCAGGCUGAGCUUUUUGAUAAGUUCCUUCAUGGAUCAACCUUAGAGGAAUGCUAUUCAGUAGUUGCUUCAGUUGCGGAUCGGUGGCUUGACCUGCUUGAUAAUCAAGGCAAUGAUAUUGCGGACAGCGAGUUGCUUGAUUAUAUAUCUGAAUCAAGCACAAUGAGCAAGUCUCUAGCCGAUUAUGGUGAGCAAAAGUCAUGUGCAGUAACCACAGCAAAAAGGCUUGCUGAUUUUCUGGGGGAUGCAAUGGUCAAAGAUAAAGGAUUGCGUUGUCAGUAUAUUGUUGCAUGUGAGCCAAAGGGAACCCCAGUAAGUGAACGUGCUAUUCCUGUUGCAAUAUUUGAAACUAAUGCUGAGAUCAUGAGGUUCUAUGUCAAAAAGUGGUGCAAAAUAUCAUCAGAAGUUGGAAUACGUUCCAUUAUUGAUUGGUCUUAUUACAAGCAACGACUUAGUUCAGCAAUCCAGAAGAUUAUCACAAUUCCUGCUGCAAUGCAGAAGGUUUCAAACCCUGUGCCAAGGGUGGUUCAUCCUGAUUGGCUGCAUAAGAAGGUUCGUGAAAAAGAAGACAGAUUUCGCCAACGAAAAUUAAAUGAUAUCUUCAGCUCAGUGAACAAAGAUGAUGCAGUGCCAAGUAAAAAUUCUAAAAAUCAGCAAAAUAUUGAAGACCUGGAAGACUUUAGACACAGCGGUAAAUCGUCUAUUUUUAGUCCGAGGCCUGUUGUACAUCGUUAUGGAGUCAACAAAGAACAUCCGGUGAACACUAGUGAUCAAGUGGACAAUCAACAACAAAGUGGUCAUGCUAGCAGUCCAUGCAAGAUGUUACCUUCACAAGAAAUUGCUGCUGUGGAAGAUAUUGACAGGAAUGUAGAUUAUCAUGGAUGGCUACAGCAAAAAAAGAGAAGAUGGAAAGAGAUUCGUGAGGAAAGGAAACGCCGAAGGUUGGAUACCUCAAGGACAGUAAACCAUGUUAAUGGCAGUACUGAAUUGUCUCAUCACAUGGUAAACCACAAACGCCAGGGUAGAACUGGGGUUAAUUCCUACUUUGAGCGACAUGAAUUAGCUCUCACACGAAGUCACUGGCAGAUAGUUCAGCUUGAACCUACUUCACAGCAUGGACAGUUUUUUGCAUGGGUAGUUGUGGAAGGAGUCAUGCACAAAAUUUCAGUAACUAUCCCCAGAGUGUUUUACCUCAACUCCAAAGCUCCUAUAACAGAGGAAUUUCCUGGAAGACGUGUCACCAAGAUUCUUCCUCAUGGACGCCAUAGCUACAAUUUAAUUGAG